GUAGCCACGGCAGAUACAAGCUGUUGGUGGAAUCUGUCUUAGGGUAUCAAACCCCAAGCCAGAUUCUUGGCGGAGGGGCUUUGUAACGCUUGUGUCUGUAAAAAGAAAGGCAGAGGGGAAAGGUGCGCCAUCUAGAAGACAAGUUUCAAACUAGAAAGGGGCAUAGAGAGAUUAGAAGGAGUGCAACCGGGUAAGAUGGCAACUUUCCAUUUUGGGGGAUUGUCUCUUCGGGCAAAGGCCAGGGAGGAUUCGGCGCCAAUUUUGGCGUCUGUGCGAUCAUUCCCUCAUUGCACCUCCGCAGAUUCGGUUGAGUGGAUUGGUUUACCUAAAAGUGUCCAAGUGCUAAGUGGAAACAAAUCGGGGAACGAGGAGCGUAGGUCCAGGGGCGGAAAAGUCCAACAGGAAAGCCCACUGUUUUUGUGGCCAGUUCUGGAUCCGUGGAGGCUCGGCGAAAGGAUAAUUAUUGCCGGAACAGAGGGGAAGUCAGGCAGCCCCAACGAGUCGGAGCGGAUCUGAAGAAUUCCGGAAGCCCACGGCGCAAAGCAGCAGGAGCAGAGUUCGCCGGAAAGAUUCCGGGUUGUGCUUAGAUUGUCAGAUAGACCCCAAAACAAAUAAACUAAGAAAGACUCAAUCGAUGGGCUUGAGUUUGACUCGCUAGGCCCACCAUCAAACCCUUUGCGCGAGCGGCAGUUUGAUCCCAACCGGGCUCGAUAGCGCAUAAUUUUUCCUCGCCGCGAGCAAAAUC